GCGGCGCGGCGCCGGCAGGAGGGCGAUGGUGGUGGCGUGAGGCGCGGCGAGACCCGCGCAGGCUGCUGAGCCGGCGGGGUGAGGCGAGGAGAGCAGGAGCAGAGCGUGCCCUGUGCUCGCCAUGAGGCUGCAGGAGGACGGGGACAGCCGCAGGGUGCUGCCGCCAGCGGGGCUGCCGCAGUAAUGGGCAGCGGCAACGCUGACUGUCGCCUGCCGUGUGGUGCCAGCGCCCGCCCGGCGGGGGCCGCCCGUGAGGAGCCGGGCAGUCCUGCAGUCUCCACAUCAUCUACUGUGUGAAGAAUGAUGAUUCCAUGAGAGAACUUCCUUUCAGUUACCUGUCCACUCCUACUGCAUGCUGCUCCUGUCCAGUGAUGAGCCACUCAGCUAGACUGGGAUUUACUGUGAAGAAGGGAGAGGCAGAAUAUGAAUUGUAGACAUCCCAUCAACUUCCUCACGCACUGUUUUUACUGUGUCUGUAUAUAAAUCUGCUAGUAUUGAGCACACACACUGUUCAACCUACACUGCUAUUAGCAGAGUUGCUACGGUGUGAGAGGACUGGUAUUUCUCACCAUCAUGGCUUCAGUUUGGAAAAGACUGCAGCGUGUUGGGAAACAUGCUUCCAAGUUCCAGUUUGUGGCCUCUUACCAGGAGCUGAUGGUCGAGUGCACCAAAAAAUGGCAGCCAGAUAAACUAGUGGUGGUUUGGACAAGAAGAAGCCGAAGAAAAUCCUCUAAGGCUCACAGCUGGCAGCCUGGAAUCAAGAACCCGUACCGCGGGGUGGUGGUAUGGCCUGUUCCUGAGAAUGUUGAAAUUACUGUGACGCUCUUUAAGGAUCCCCAUGCUGAAGAGUUUGAAGACAAAGAAUGGACGUUUGUCAUAGAGAAUGAAUCUCCUUCUGGACGAAGAAAAGCGCUUGCCACCAGCAGCAUCAACAUGAAGCAAUACGCAAGCCCCAUGCCUACACAGACGGAUGUCAAGUUAAAAUUCAAGCCUUUGUCCAAGAAAGUGGUAUCUGCCACACUACAGUUCUCUUUAUCUUGUAUUUUCCUGAGGGAAGGAAAAGCCACGGAUGAAGACAUGCAAAGCCUCGCUAGUUUGAUGAGUAUGAAACAAGCUGAUAUUGGAAAUCUAGAUGAUUUUGAGGAGGACAAUGAAGAAGAUGAAGAAAACAGAGUGAAUCAAGAGGAAAAGGCUGCAAAAAUUACAGAGCUUAUCAAUAAGCUUAAUUUUCUGGAUGAAGAGGAGCAAGACCUGGCCAACUCUAGUACAAACCCUUUUGGUGAUCCUGACACAGCAGAAUUAAAUCCGUUUGGAGACCCUGAUGUAGAAGAACCAAACGCUGAAAUAGCUUCGUCUUCAAAGCCAGAAGAAAGUUUCUAUGCUGACAAUUACAAUCCCUUCAAGGAUGAUGAUGCCCCAGAGUACUUGAACCCAUUUGAUGAGCCAGAUCCUGAGCGUGAAACAUUUGUAACUAUAAGAGAUUCUCCUCCACAACCUGCAAAAAGGAAAAACAUCAGACCAGUGGAUAUGAGCAAAUACCUUUAUGCAGAUACCUCUAAAGCUGAAGAGGAAGAGCUAGAUGAAUCAAAUCCAUUUUAUGAACCAAAAUCAAGCCCUGCUUUCAUUAAAGUUGCUCCGCUGCAAGAACCAGAAAAGAAGAUGAAAAGAAAGGCUCCUGAACCACCAAACCUCUUGCCAAAGACAGAGAUAGGCACAAGUGAGAACAUGUCCGCUAUUCCUGCAUCGAGGGACCUUUCUUCCUCCCCUAAGCCAAGCCCAAUACCAAGUCCUGUGUUGGGGAGAAAGCCAAAUGCAAGUCAGUCACUGCUUGUGUGGUGCAAAGAAGUUACAAAAAACUAUAGGGGAGUGAAAAUCACCAAUUUUACUACAUCGUGGAGAAACGGUUUAUCCUUUUGUGCAAUAUUACAUCACUUUAGACCAGACCUAAUUGACUACAAGUCCCUGAAUCCUCAAGAUAUUAAAGAGAACAACAAAAAGGCAUACGAUGGGUUUGCCAGUUUAGGAAUAUCACGACUGCUGGAACCUUCUGACAUGGUUUUAUUAGCAAUACCUGACAAACUGACGGUUAUGACCUAUCUCUAUCAAAUCAGGGCACAUUUCUGUGGCCAGGAAUUAAACGUGGUUCAGAUAGAGGAGAACAGUAGUAAAAGCACAUAUAAAGUGGGUAACUAUGAAACGGACACCAACAGUUCUGUCGACCAGGAAAAAUUCUACGCAGAGCUGAAUGACCUGAACCGGGAGCCCGAGCUGCAUCCACCAGACAGUGGUUUGGCAGACUUUGCUUCUCAGGACGACUCUGUCUUUGUAAAUGACAGUGGGGUUGGUGAAUCUGAGAGCGAGCAUCAGACUCCUGAUGACCAUUUAAGCCCAAGCACGGCUUCCCCUUCUUCUCGCAGGACUCGAAGUGACACAGAUGCACAGAAAUCCCAGCAGAGCUCUGGAAGGACUUCUGCAUCUGAAGAUGUUGGGAAGUGUAGCAGUACAGAUACAACACAAGCACAGCCUACAGUGGGAAAGAAGAAAUUGCUGAUAGCUGACACUUUAGACUUGAGUGACUUGGCACAUGUCAGUGAUCAAAAAGAGGAUGUGUCUCCCACAGUUGCUUGUGAAGAUAAUGACAAGAAGAGACACCAGAGCUCAGACAGUACCAUUGGUUUCUCAGAGCAAGAAAAGCUGGGACGUAUAGGAUCCACAGGGAGCACAAGAGCAGAUCCUGGUUCACCUGUCACAAAGCCGAGUUUAUCUCCUACUUCUAAGCUUGGAUACUCCUAUAAUAAGGAUGUGGAUCUUGCAAAGAAACCACAUGCUUCUCCAAGGCAAAUGGAAUCUGAUUCUGACAGUGAUGCCAGAACGGCUUUAAAUCAUGCAGAUCAAACUGCAAAAACAGCCCAGCAACGUAUGUUGUCAAGACAGGAAGAACUUAAAGAACGAGCAAGAGUUCUGCUUGAGCAAGCAAGAAGAGAUGCAGCUUUAAAGGCAGGGAAUAAGCAACUAACCAAUACGAUCAUCCCAGCCCGCAAUAAGCAGCUGAAUGAUCAGCAAGAUGAAGAGCGGCGUCGGCAGCUGAGAGAGAGAGCUCGUCAGCUAAUAGCAGAAGCUCGAUCUGGAGUGAAGAUGUCAGAACUUCCCAGCUACAGUGAAAUGGCUGCAGAAAAGUUGAAAGAAAGGUCAAAGGCAUCUGGAGAUGAGGAUGAGGAUGAUGAUAAUAUUGAGAUAGAUACUAACGAGGAGGUUCCUGAAUGCUCUGUUACUGGAGGUGGAGAUGAGCUUACUAACCUAGAAAAUGACCUUGAUUCAACGGCAGAACAAAACAGUAAGUUGGUGGAUUUGAAGCUGAAGAAGCUCCUAGAAGCUCAGCCACAGGUGGCAAAUUCACUCUCCAGUGCUGCUCAGAAAGCUGUAACUGAUAGCUCAGAGCAAGACAUUAAGCAGAAUGGAACAGAGGAACAUCGUGCUGAGCGAUUACAAAAAGCAGCAGAACGGUUUAGAAAUCCUGUUGUGUUCAGCAAGGACUCUACCGUCAGAAAAACUCAGCUCCAGUCUUUCAGUCAAUACGUGGAGAGCAGACCAGAGAUGAAAAGGCAGAGAUCAAUACAGGAAGAUACAAAGAGAGGAAAUGAGGAGAAGGCUGCGAUAACUGAGACUCAGAGGAAGCCAUCAGAAGAUGAAGUGCUUAAUAAAGGGUUCAAAGACACCAGUCAGUAUGUUGUAGGAGAAUUGGCAGCACUAGAGAAUGAGCAAAAGCAAAUUGACACCCGUGCCGCGCUGGUGGAGAAGCGCCUUCGCUAUCUCAUGGACACAGGAAGAAACACAGAAGAAGAAGAAGCUAUGAUGCAGGAAUGGUUCAUGCUGGUUAAUAAGAAGAAUGCCUUAAUCAGACGAAUGAACCAGCUUUCUCUUCUGGAAAAAGAACAUGACCUAGAAAGGCGCUACGAACUGCUGAACCGGGAGCUAAGAGCAAUGCUCGCUAUUGAAGACUGGCAGAAGACGGAGGCGCAGAAGAGGCGAGAGCAGCUUCUGCUGGACGAACUCGUUAUUCUCGUUAACAAACGGGACGCGCUGGUCAGGGACCUGGACGCCCAGGAGAAGCAGGCCGAGGAAGAGGACGAGCAUUUGGAGAGGACCCUGGAGCAAAACAAAGGCAAGAUGGCCAAGAAGGAAGAGAAAUGCGUCCUCCAGUGAGCGGCCUUCCCGCGGCGGUGGCAGAAUCACAGCGCGUCUCUUUCUUAUGUUUUUAAAAUGCCGACAGCAGACUGGAAAGGAUAAAAAAAAAUGAAAAAAAAAGAAAAAAGAAAAAAAAAUGUUUUGAAAAGGGAAAAAAAAAAUUAAAACUUUUUCCAUUUUCUUAGGCCAGAUCUAGGCUGCGCCGGGCCCCGCUCCGUUGUUUUUUGGUUUCCACUCAAGCGAACUCGCGUUGUGCCAGGGUUUCCGUGUGGGCUCAGCUCUCCUGCCGAAAGGCUUUGAAACGGAAUCGCCGAGCCCCCGUGUGUGCGGCGGUGCCGGAGAUGUGCGGAGGAGCAGAAGAAAGAAAGUGCGUCCUGGAUGCUGUAGCUGGAGGAGGGCUGAGUUUUGAAAUAAAUAUGUUUUUGUCGUAAUAGGAUUAGAGAGGGGGAUAUAGGAAAAAAAAAAUCAUUGGGAAUGGUUUCAUCUAGUCCUGCCAUAUGUAAUACUUAAUAAGCUACCUACAUUUUAUAGUUAGGUCAGAUCCACCCCAGUUAUUAUGAUUAAAAAUGUGCUGUAUUUA